AAGUGCAGGAGAAAAAUGGGGAGCUCGUAUUCAGCAGAAAAUGAUCACACAGCGAAUGAUAACGCUUUUAUUCGCUUCGUCCAAUCUUUCAAUGUGAAGUCACUCUUAGGUCUUAGUGUGCCAUCUGCACCGCCAGCCCAUUACAGUCCAGAAGAUUUAAACACAGGUCCUGAUCAGAUGUCGGUAAACGCGGAGGCAGUGACGUCGCCCGUUUGGCUCGGCGAGGGCCCGCACUGGGACGCCAGCGAGCAGGCGUUGUUCUUCGUCAGCAUAUUCGACCGCUCCGUAAACAAAUUCAUCCCCUCCACGGGGAAACAAACCAGCUCGAAAUUGGGUGGCAUGCCAACAUACAUAAUACCAAUCGAAGGCCGGCCCCACCACUACGUAGUCAGCCUGGACCGCCGCGUGGUCGAGAUCGAGUGGUCGGGGGAGAACGACACGGCCAAAGAGGUCAAGACCAUAGCCGAGGUCGACGCGCACGAGCCGCAGAAUCGGUUCAACGAUGCCAAAGCUGAUCCUAGAGGACGCUUGUUCGCUGGAACAAUGGGCUUCGAAUAUGAGCCCGGCAAGUUCCAUUUGAAGAAAGGCUCAUUAUACCGCAUAGAGGCCGACGGCACUACGCACCAGGUCAUCACCGACGUGGACAUCUCGAACGGCCUCUGCUGGGACGUGAAUGAGAAGGCUUUCUACUAUGCAGACUCCUUCGAGUACGCUAUACGGAGAUACGAUUAUGACAUCGACACGGGGAAUAUUUCGAAUCCACGCAAAGUAUUCGAGUUUGAGACGCACGGGCUGGCAGGCAUCGUGGACGGGAUGACCAUCGACACCGACGGCAACCUCUGGGUCGCCAAUUUCGACGGAUACCAGGUGCUGAAAAUUGAUCCUCGGACAAGCGAGCUUCUCCAGAAGGUGCCGAUUCCAGCUCUGCAAGUGACUUCUUGUACCUUCGGAGGUCCUAACUUGGACAUCCUCUACGUGACUACGGCGUCAAUGAAUAGGGGGGAGGAGCAGCCUCCCCCACGGGGAUCCACAUUUGCUCUCACCGGCUUGGGGGUGAAGGGACACCCCAAUGUUAACGUUAAGAUUAAUAUGGCGAAAGUGCAAAAAAUCAGUGAAGAAUUGCUGCUGGGCGAGGGGCCUCACUGGGAUCACGAUCAGCAGGCGUUGUACUUCGUCAGCAUCAUCGAGAAGACCAUACAUAAGUAUGUGCCGGCUACAGGGGCAUAUACCAAGACUACUCUCGAUGGACGACCAGGCUUUAUAGUUCCAGUGGAAGGCAAAUCGAACGAGUUUGUGGUGGGGGUAGAGCGCAAGUUUCUGGUUGUAAAGUGGGAUGGCAACGACGGCAGUCCAGCCACAGUUGUCAAGGAGAUCGCGGAAGUAGAUAAGGGCACUAAAAAUCGAAUCAACGAUGGAAAGGCUGAUCCUAGAGGCAGACUGUUUGCUGGUACGAUGGGGCACGAAGAGACACCAGGUGACUACGCCCUGGAGCAGGGCGCGUUAUAUCGCCUUGACGGUACUAAGGUCACUCAACUGGCCGACAAGAUCAGCAUCUCGAACGGUCUCGCGUGGGACUUAACAGAGAAAGCCUUCUACUAUACUGAUUCACUUGAACAAUGCAUUAGGAGAUACGAUUAUGAUGUGGAGACUGGAAAUAUCUCCAAUUUGAAGUACUUCUUCGACUUCAAGAAGCACGGCAUCACAGAGGGUUUCCCGGACGGCACCACUAUCGACACAGACGGCAACCUCUGGGUGGCUGUCUUCAACGGCUCCUGCAUCCUUCACAUCGACCCUCGCACCGACACGCUGCUGCAGAAAGUGCCCAUUCCGGCUAAACAGGUUACAUCAGCAACUUUCGGCGGGCCAAACUAUGACAUUUUGUUCGUGACAACGGCCAGUGUGAAAAUCGCUGAAGAGCAGAAGCCACCCUGUGGUGCCACCUUCAUGGUCACUGGGCUUGGAGUUAAGGGAAACCCUAACGUCAAUGUCAAACUUUAAAUUAAAUAAGUGCCUGGUCAACCUUUUAGGAGAUCAUCAGGUAUUCUUAACACACCCCGCAAACCUGGAAUCCCACACAUGGAAUUUUUAUUGA